AAACAUUCGAAUAAAAAAGUUCAUCAUUGAAGUUCCGCGCCACAAUGACGCACUUGUCAUGCGUUCUGCAAGUCGUUGACCAGAGGUUAGGUCCAUUGCAAUUGUCAGCCAUAACAUAAACAAAUUCUAAUGAUGUAUCGUUGAUCGCUACAAGUGGCCAGGGGGGAACGCGGUAAGAAUGUUGUCAUUUUUACGAAAAAUAUCAAUUGGGGGGAAGAUAAGAGAUGGUCUGCCGACGGGCGACGAAAUGGAGGCUACUGAAGGCUGUUUGGAUGUAAAAAGUCGAGCUCUAAUCUCGCAAUCCGACACAGAGCUCAAGGAAUCCGUUUAUGAUUUACUGAGAACAAUCAAGGACCCUGAGAAGCCACAAACACUGGAGGAACUGGAUGUUGUCUAUGAAGACUGUGUUGAGAUUUCAAGACAAACUCCUAAAGGUGUUUCUGUGAUUCGCAUUGAAUUUAAUCCAACAGUCCCUCAUUGUUCUCUGGCAACGCUCAUUGGUCUUUGUAUUAGGGUGAAGCUAGAACGUCAGUUAGUAGCCCUUUUUAAACUUGAUAUAUACAUUAAAAAAGGUGCACACUCUACAGAGCAGGAAAUUAACAAACAAAUAAAUGAUAAAGAAAGAAUUGCAGCUGCCAUGGAGAAUCCUAACUUGAGAGAGCUAGUAGAGAAAUGUAUCCAAGAGGAAGAGUGAAAGCCUAGGAUUUUUUUGUAAUCCAUAGGUCUCAUUACAUUCGACAUUGCUUAUUUGCAAUGUCUAGGUUAUGUUCAUGCAGUCAUCCUUCAUGUAGUGAGAGUUAUAAUCUGUUACAAAUAUAAGAACUAAAAAUAAUUUUGAUCAAAGAGGGUAUAUGGAACUGUAAAAAGCAGUCUGCUAAUAUAGAAGCAAUUGAACACUUCAUUCUAGAAAGUCAAUGGUGCUAUGACUAAAUAGCAUGUAAUACUUUUAA